UUCUUGAUACUUUUUGUAAUUCCGUAGGAGCCGAGGAUGGAUGAUUCUGAGGUUUGUUCCCUCUGUGAGAACGUGAUUGCUGCAGUAGAGACCUAUGUAUCCAGUCAGGCUAACCAGAACUUGAUCAUACAGGAGCUUGAUACUGUCGUUUGUGCAAGUCUCCCAUCUAUACUCUCCUUCCAAUGCAAGUCUCUGGUUAAAACCUACACCCCUAUUGUGGUCAACAUGGUGCUCGCAUACUUUGAACCAAGCGCCAUCUGUACCGAGGUGAAACUGUGUCCAGGUGCAAGUACGUUUAAGAUCACGGCUGAUCCCCAGUUCUGCAGUGACUGCAAGGCAUUCCUGGGCGAUAUUGACGCCUUGCUGGGCAACACAACUUUCCAGACUGAGGUGCUGACCCAAUUGGAAGGCCUAUGCGCACAAGCUGGAAGCCUGGAAGCAGAAUGCAAACUUUUGAUCGAGACUUACGGACCUACUCUAUUUGCUCUCAUUCUCAGCGAGCUGGAUCCUACAACGGACUGCACCAUGAUUGGCUUGUGCCCUGCUGGCUCUGCUCCUGUUAUUUCCAAGAUGGACCCCGAGCUUUGCAGUGAAUGCAAGACCUUCCUAACUGAUGCUGUUUCCUUCCUAAGCAACCAGACUUUUGAGAAUGAGAUCCUAGCUCAGCUGGAAGGUCUAUGCAAGCUGGCAGGAAGCCUACAAGCCGAGUGCUUACUCUUGGUAAAGACCUAUGGACCUGCUGCCUUCGCUUACCUUGAGGCUGAACUGGAUCCCACAACAGUCUGUACAGAAAUUGGAGUAUGCCCUGGUGAUUCUGCUCCAUUCAUGACACUGCGGCAAGCAAUUUCUCUUCCGGUAGUCCAACCCAUGGCUACACUCGUUGCAGCCCGGCCAAUCCAACACAAGGAGAAGUCAAAGGUAGCGGACACUGAUUGCGACUUUUGCAAAACGAUCGUUGGACUUUUCCUCCCCUACAUCGAGAACAACAAAACAGAGCAAGAAGUCCUAAAUGCCGUGUCUGAGGUGUGCAAACUCUUUGGUGAUACAACGGCCGAAAGGGAAUGCGAGAACUACGUCCACACCUAUGGGUCCCUGAUAUUUGAACUCUUGCUCAAUCAAAUGAGUCCAGAUGAUGUCUGCAAGGAGAUAGGGGAGUGCACUUCCCUCAUGGCCUCUAAACCAAUGAAACACCUGAAGGAGUUGCUCUCCAAGCUACCAACAGAUGAUACUUUCUGUACCUUGUGUAAGAUGGGUGUUGGAGAAUUGGAAACCAUUCUAUCAUCAAACAAGACCAAGGAGGAGAUCAAACAAGAAGUGGAGAAGCUCCUGUGCGGCAAUCUUCCAUCGCCAAUCAACACUCAAUGUCUGUCCUUCAUGGAGAUCUACGGUGACGUCCUUGUCCAGCUCUUGAUCGAGCAGUUGGAUCCCUCAUCCGUCUGUGCAGAGGUCGGACUCUGUGAUGCAAGCAAGCACCAACUGAACACUAGGAUGCCACCUUUGGAGGCCGGUACGGAAUGUUUGGUUUGCGAAUUCAUGGUCAGUAAAUUGGAAGAUGAAAUCAAAGAGAAUUCCACAGAGAGUGAGAUCCGUUCAGUUCUAGACAAGGUGUGCUAUGAGCUUCCACCAACCGUCAGGGGUGAUUGUGAUACUCUGGUUGCGGAGUACACCGAAAGGAUCGUUGAGUAUCUACUCUCACAAUUUGAACCUAAAGCCCUGUGCACCGCCCUCGGUCUAUGUGAUGCAGCUACUAUAGCUAAAAAGAUUGCUCUGGCGAAGAAAAUGGAGAUUGGAGACCAAGAGUCUUGUAUCUUGUGCGAAUACAUCAUGUCCGAGAUUGACAAACUACUUACAGAAAACUCCACUGAGGCUGAGAUUCAGGAAGUAUUGGACAAGGUCUGCGCUGAACUCCCGUCUCACCUCACAGCCGAGUGCAAAGAAUUUGUGGACCAGUACGAACCUGCUCUGCUCUCAUUCCUGACCCAAGAGCUAGAUCCAAAGACGUUCUGUACCACAAUCGGAGAGUGUGAUGGAGCCAAACUCAAGGUCAAGAAAUCGCUAGGAAACGCUGAGUGUACCAUCUGUGAAUUUGUAAUUGCGGAACUAGACACCAUGCUGAAGGAGAAUGCAACUCAGGAGGAGAUAAAGACUGCUUUAGAGGAAAUUUGUGCCCUCAUGCCAGCUACCGUCAGGACGGAGUGUGAAAGCUUUGUGGAGACGUACGAGUCCAUCCUGAUCAAGCUCUUGACGACCGAGAGUCCGGACCAGAUCUGUACCGUCAUUCAACUCUGUAGCGCUGGUUUCAAGGCCCUUCAGGGUACCAUUGAAUGUGACCUGUGCCAGACGGCUGUCCGUGAAUUCAUGAUUGCACUUCAAGAGCCCUCGGUAACUAAGGAGGUGGUUGCUAUCGUCAACGAGACCUGCGCCAUUCUUCCCGCAGAGUAUAAAGCAACGUGCCUUUCAUAUGUUGAUCAGUACGGAGACCUGGUAACAGAGUUCAUCGCUCAGUUCUUUGACCCCAUCACUUCAUGCACACUCCUGGAGGCUUGCCCAUACCCAGACAACUCCCCAAGACUUCCCAAGCGGAUGCUGGGUCAGCAUGAGUGUACUAGAGGACCAGGUUACUGGUGUGCUUCCAUGGAGAACGCCAAGGAGUGCAACAUGGUUGAGCACUGCAAGCGUCAUGCCUGGAAUUAAGGAUCAAAUCACGCAUCAAGGCCCGGACAAUAUAAAGAACCUUUAACGUCAAUACGUCCAGGAUAACAUAUGAAGACACUUUCACGAUAGCGGUGUAUUACGAAAUUAUUUACUGGCGUCUUUGGUAAUCUCUCUGCUCAAGUGUAGUUUAAGAAGCUCCUAACAAUGCACUCAUGUUUACAGGUUUAUGGUGCACUUUUUACUAACAAAUAAAGUUACGCAACAUUUCCAGCAUUGUACUUACUGUUCUCUUUUCCAAUUUUUUAUUAUGGAAUAAAUGACAAAUAUGGCUAAACCAAGGCAUUACGAUCAUUGUCAUCCAAGCUUUUUUAUUCCAUUUUUUUCUUCAUAUACCAGGUAAUAUGGAGAUGGGUAUUUGAAUUUGAUGAUCGGUUUCGAAAUGUCCGUCUGUUUAUUGCAAUACUUCAUACAAUCUUGAGAUUUCCAUAUUUUUGAUGUUGAGUGAAUGAACAGGGUUGAACGUAGAUGAGAGUGUCUGUUGAGAGCCAGAAGGGCGUUAACUCUGAAAGAAUGAGAUUUAAAGCCUUUCUGUCUCCAAACAAACAAUAUAUGAUAUAAAUCAAUUUAGCAAAUUCAGAAGAAAUAAUUCUUUUUCUAUCGCGUGGGGAACAGGUUAUGGAUGAAUAUAAGAGGAAAUCGCCUUUCUCUUAGCUUUGACGUGGGAAUAAUUGUUUAAUGGAGUUUGCCUUAUUAGAAAUAUGGUACCAAGACAUUAAAAAGUAGGUAUGCAUGGUUAUGGGGAAAGAUUUUCUUGUUGGUCUUUUUUUUGUAAAGAAGAAAAAAAUAAUAAGAAAAGGUCUACAACUAGAAAGAAAGUUUGAAGAAUAACAAGGUGAGAAAAUCUUUAAUAAGAGUAGAUUCUAGAAAAGUAUUUGAGAACUAGUGUGUUUAUUUAAACAUGAUCAGUGCAACGUAGAUGAAUAUCUCUAUUAUUGAAACGAGACUGAAAUCUUUUUAAAAAUCUGAUUAUUUUAGUAGGAAUCUGUUAUUAUCCCUUGCCCAGUUAAUAGAAGAAAAAGUAUAUUAUUUGAUAUAAUCAAAACUCUAAAAUAUGUUAUUGAUAUGAUGCUAUGAUAGGUGUACUUUGUUUUGUGAUCAAUGAAAAAAAGAUGUACAGAUAUAUGACAAGUACUUUAGCUACAGUGUAGAGCAGAUAUGCAUGCAAUUGUGUUAAGAUUAUAUAUAAAUUCUAAGGAAUGUAGAAAUGUUUAUUCUUUUUUUUUAUUAAAAAAAAAGUGUAUCUGAUAUUGACCAGGCAAGAUGAAUAAUAUUACUGUCAAUGCUGUGUUACUUUAUGAAUGCACUUCUUCCAUGUACAACUUAUAACCUCUUUAUAUUAAUAACUAAUUGUGUAUUAAGACAAAUAUGUUUUAAUUUCAGUGUGAAUUUUGAUUUCCAUGUCUUUAUGUCUUAAAGUACAACAUGGAAAUAAACAUGAAUGGUUUUCAUUUUCAGAGCAUGUUUUAUUAAACUUGUAUGUAUCCGUUCGUUUAUAUUCCAACAAAUAUUUUUCAAGUUUCUUUGAUUUCAGACGAACCCAAACUUUGCAUGUAAAGAGUUAUACAUUUAUGAACAUGGAUAUUUUUCUACCAUUCCUUUGAAAUUUUGCAUUUGUGUCAUUUGUAUAAUUCUGAUGUUCAAUUUGUUGGAUUUUGUGAUGAAAUACUCACAUUUUGCUAUUCAAAAAAAGUAUUUCUCAUGUAGGUACUGAUUUGCCUUUUCUGUAUGUUAGUUAAAUUAUUGAUGUAGUUGUGAAAAACACACGAAAUAAGAUAUAUGUAUAUUUGUCCAAAUUCUUUACAUAUUUUGUUCUUGCAAUCAUGGAAGUCAAAUAAGUAUGCAUAUAUGAAAUACUUGUUUUCAUGGACCUCAUAAUAGAUGGAAUGUCACAGUUUUGUUUCAGUAUAUCUUUUCAAGUCGUACAAAAGGAAUUUUUCUGUUUGUUUUUUGUUUUUUAAAUGGACUUUGUUUAAAGAUUAAAACUCUUUAUGCAAGCAACAACAAAAACAUUUUUUUCCCCAAAAUAUUUCAAGUCAUAUGCGGAUUCUGAUGAAUAAGAUUAAUAACUUAUUAAGUAAUACUAUAUUUUUUCCUUCCACAAAGCUUAACAUUAAAUAAAUUAAUUGUUUACUGAUGAACAUACACUUUAUUAUGCUUCAACUCAUUUUAUCCUAAGUUGUAUUUUUGUUUUAACAGCUGAUUCUAAUUAAUUCUGCACAUUUCAUCUUACUUUAAGUAUUCUGUAUCCACACAUUUCAUGACAUUAUCUUUAGGUGGUAAAUCAUUAGAAAGAAAUUGUCAAUCAUGUCUUUUGUCCAUCUUAUGAUGUGAUUCUGUAUGUAUUACAAAAUAAAUGCAAUUUGUCUAUUGUCAGUAAUAUACAUACCGACAUUUCUAAAUGAACUUUGACUAAUAAAAAAACACUUUAGAAUCAUAUUA